AUGAAAGAUAAAGAGGAUAUUGAAUUAGAUAUUAAUGGUAAUAUCAUUACAGCAUCGGAACACCAACAAAUAGAAGAUGACGAACCAAAAGAAAAAUGCGGAGUUUUCGGUAUAUACGCUCCAGAGUUGGACGUAAGCCGUAUUGCCUUUUUUGCAUUGGUUGCACUCCAACAUCGUGGACAAGAAAGUUGUGGUAUUGCAACAUACGAUCAACACCAUGCUGUACACGUAGAGACUGGUAUGGGUCUUGUCAAUCAAGUAUUCACAGAGACUAAUCUAAAACCUCUACGUGGUAACAUGGGAAUCGGUCAUACUCGUUAUUCAACCGCUGGAAAGAGUACAAUCAACAAUGCACAACCAGUUAUCGUGCAGACUUUACAUGGACAAGUAGGAAUUGUCCAAAAUGGUAACCUCACCACUGCACACUCGUUGAGAAGUGAAUUGCUUCAACAAGGUAUCGGUUUCUUUAAAGAGACAGACGUAGAAAUUAUCACUCAAUUGUUGGCUGCUAAUCCACCUGCAAUCAUUCCAACAUCUCCAUUACUUGGUAGUGCCAAUGGUAAUGGUGUUCAUUCAUCUGGUUCUUCAACUCCAUCAACAACAACAAAAUCACAACCAAAUUGGGAACAACGUAUUGCCAAUUUCAUGUCAAAGGCUGAGGGUGCCUAUUCACUCUGUUUAAUGACACCAACUGCAUUGUAUGGUGUCAGAGAUUAUUUGGGUCUUCGUCCACUAUGUAUCGGUGCUCUUGACGUUCCAUCUACAUCGGAUCCAACAAAGACAAUCACUCGUUAUGUCAUUGCUUCGGAGAGUUGUGCUAUCAAUACCAUCGGUGGUAGAUAUAUUAGAGAAGUUAGACCAGGUGAGAUUGUACGUAUCGAUGACAAUGGUUUAGACUCUUUUAUUGGUAGAACCCCUGCCGAUAAACCAGCUCUAUGUGUCUUUGAAUACGUAUACUUUUCGCGUCCAGAUUCAUUGCUCGAGGAUCAACUCAUCCACAGUGUACGUCAGAGAAUGGGUGAACAAUUAGCUCGCGAGUCACCACCACCCCCAGCAUCACAGGCCAACAAAGAUCUAGAGACCAUUGUUAUCGGUGUUCCAGACUCAUCACUUCCAGCAGCCAUUGGUUAUGCCAAACAAUCUGGAUUGGCAUACACAGAAGGAUUGACAAAGAAUCGUUAUAUUCAUCGUACAUUUAUUCAACCAUCGGAUCAUCUUCGUCAACAAGGUAUCAAAUUAAAAUUUAAUCCAUUGUCUGAAAAUAUUAAAGGUCGUAGAGUUGUUUUAGUUGAUGAUUCUAUAGUUAGAGGUAAUACUAUAAAAAAUGCAGGAGCAGUAGAGAUUCAUGUUAGAAUUUCAUCACCACCAGUUAUGCAUCCAUGUUAUAUGGGUAUAGAUAUGGCAACACAUGACCAAUUAGUUGGCUAUCAAAAGACAACCAAACAAGUUUGUGAUUAUAUAGGUGCAGAGAGUUUAGAGUAUCUAAGUUAUCCAGGAAUGAUGAAAUCUGUCAAUAUCGGUUUACUCGAUAAACAACAACAACAACAACAACAACAAAAUGGUAAACUGUUGUGUGACAAUGAAAAGGAAUUAGAGGAUGGCAGUAGACAUUGUUCUGCAUGUUUCUCUGGUGUUUAUCCUUUGGCGAAAUCAAAAUGUGGAAUAGUAUGUGAUAUCAUAUUUCCAAUCAUCGUUGUUUCUUUAUUAUUGGCUUUGAUUUCAUUAUUGUCAAUUAUCGAAUUUGAUUAUGAUCAAUAUGAGAUAUUGACAUUAGAGAAUUAUGUCUAUGAUAUCAAUAGAACAAGAGUAUUGUAUGGUCCAUCUCCAUUGACUCCAACAUCACAAAAGAUAUUGGAUUCAUUAAAGAAUGAUAUCAUCAAUGGAAGCAAUGGACUAUUGCCAAUGCAAUAUGUCGAUCAAUUGUUUGUUGCCUUCAAGACAGAAUCCGAAAUGGAGUCAUACUAUGCCAAUUUCUCAGAGUCUGCUCCUUAUGGUCUAUGGUUCAAUAAUGACCAGCUCUCAUCUACUACCCCAUUUUCAUACAGCAUUCGUUAUGAUCAAGAUCGUUUACCUGCCAACGAUGGUCAUCUAAAGGAAGACUUUUCAACAUCUGCUGUGUUUGCAGAAAGAGGUAUCUGCUCUUUGCAAUUAUCACUCGAUCAAGCAAUCAUUAGAGAGUUGGGAGGUAGAACCAGUCAAUCCAUCAGUGUUUAUCAUCGAUUGUUCCCCAAUCCUCACGAUCAAGCCUAUCAAAAGGUUAGAUUGGGAAGAGAUCUCAUUCACAAAUCGGCAGGUGGUAUCUUUAUUACCGCUGCUCUACUCAUCUAUGCCUAUCGUUUAAUUACUGAUUUGGUUGUGGAAAAGGAAACAAAAAUCAAAGAAGGUAUGACAAUGAUGGGAAUGAGUUCUGCUGCCUACUAUCUCAGUUGGAAUAUUACAUCAAUCUAUAUUGGUCUACCAGUCACAGUUGUACUUUGGUUAAUAUUCAAAAUUUCAAAUAUCAUUCAUUUUGGUAAUUGGGGUUUGGUUUUAUUACUAUUUGUUUUCUAUUUCUUUACUUUAUUGUUAAUUGGUAAUCUUUUAAGUUUAUUCUUUGAUAGAUCAAAGUUUGCAGGUAUUAUAUCAUAUGGUUUUGUAGUUGGUCUAUCUGUAGCUGGUUAUUAUGUUGCCAAAGCAGAGAUGACUCAAAAGGCAAAACUUGCAUUAUCUCUUAUCUCUCCAUUUGGAUUUCAAUGUGCUAUCUUUUCAAUGGCUCAAAAAGAUUUAGAUGGUAUCGAUCCUAAUCCUGAUUAUUUCCCUCAACUUGGUCAUAUUGUUGGAAUGUUAUUUAUUGAUAUAUUAUUAUAUGUAUUGAUUUUAUGGUAUUUGGACAAGGUAGUACCAUCGGAAUAUGGAGUAAAAGAACCUUUUUAUUUCUUUUUAAUGCCAUCCUAUUGGAGAAAGGGUGGAAAAAGAUUUGAUGAUCCAGAAUCAAACGCUUUGAAUAACUAUGCCGACCAAGAUGUUGAACUUAUUCCAGUUGACCUUCGUAACAAGGUGACAGUCUCUAUUCGUGGUCUCAAAAAGGAUUUCAAUACUGGUAAUGGUCUUAGAACCGCUGUCGAUGGUCUUAAUCUUGAAAUGUAUCAAGAUCAAAUUCAUGCAUUUUUAGGUCACAAUGGUGCAGGAAAGUCUACUACAAUUGGAAUGUUAACAGGAUUAAUUAAACCAACUAGUGGUGAUGCAUUGAUUCAAGGUAAUUCUAUUUCACGUGAAAUGAAUAGAGUUAGAAAUGUGAUUGGAGUUUGUCCACAACAAGAUAUUAUUUGGAAAGAGUUGACAGUCUUUGAACAUCUUUCUAUUUAUGCUGCUCUAAAGGGUGUACCUGCUAAUUUGAUUGACAAACAAGCAGAAGAAAUGGCAAGAGAAAUUGGUUUGGCCGAUAAAAUACAUGCUCCUUCUGGAACAAUGUCUGGUGGUCAAAAGAGAAAAUUAUGUCUUGGUAUUGCUUUUAUCGGUCGAUCUGAAGUUAUCUUCCUUGAUGAAGUUACAUCUGGUAUGGAUCCAUUAUCAAGACGUGGAGUAUGGGACUUUUUACUUCGUCACAAAAAAACAAGAACCAUUGUUCUAACAACACAUUUUAUGGAUGAAGCUGAUUUCCUUGGUGAUCGUAUUGCUAUCAUUUCUCAUGGAAAGCUUAGAUGUGAUGGUUCACCACUCUACUUGAAGAAGAAAUUUGGUAUUGGUUAUCUCUUGACAAUGUCAAAGAUUGAAGGUCAAUGUAGAUCACAAGAUGUCAUCAACUUUGUUCAAUCUUACAUACCAGAGGCUGCAGUACUCUCUGAUGUCGGUACAGAAUUAAGUAUCCGUCUUCCCACCUCUUCGUCGAAUCAAUUUGUUCCACUCUUUAUUCAACUCGAUCAACAAAAAGGAUAUCUCGGUGUUGGGCAUUACGGUAUCUCUAUUACAACAAUGGAAGAGGUAUUCUUGAGAAUAGGUCAAGAGUCUGAUGGUGGAGCACGUCAAUUUAAUUUGACAUCAAACAACAAUAACAAUAAUAACAAAGCAAUCAACACCAAUGCAGUGGCUAGAACUGCCAAACAACAACUCUAUGGUCUUCUCAUCAAACGUAUCCGUACUUCGAUCAAAGAUGCACGUGGUUUCUUUUUAUCGAUACUCUUGCCAGCCGUCGUUAUCUUUGCAUCGAUUAUUAUUUAUAAAAGUGUUUCUGGUGGAGAGUCCAACAGUACAUUGCAUUCAUUGCCUCUCUCAAUGUCCAUCUACCCACCAUCACAAGACUUUUUUAUACCCUAUCAAACGGCAGACAAUCAAUCUGCAACCACCUCAUUCCUUGGUACGUCUCCAUUCAUCUCUCAAUUGACCGGACCAAUUACCAGUGACUUUGAAGAUUAUCUCAGAGAUAAUUUUACUAGAGAUCCAGGUGCUCUCCACUUUUCUACUUUGUUGUCUGCCAGUGCCUCUUCAACACUAAACUACACUGCACUAUACAACAUUAAUUACAAACAAACACUUCCAGCGCUCAUCAAUAUGGUAUCAGAUUCACUACUUAGAUCAUCACCCAAUGCCAAUGGAGCUGGUAUUGCGGCCACUUACAAACCAUUUAAACAUGUUUUAACAUUGUUUGAAAAGCAAAGUGACCAAGUUCAAACUCAAACCAUUGUAUUCUUUUCAUUACUGUUUUUGGCUGGCUAUGCAUUGAUGGGCGCAUCAUUUGCAGGAAAUGUUUGUCAAGAACGUGCUUACAAUAUAAAACGUCUAUUGUACAUAUCUGGUUGCAAGAAACAUGUCUAUUGGUUGAGUAAUCUGCUGUGGGAUUACUUUUUUGCAGCCAUCCUUGUUAUGGUUGUCACAAUCACUAUGGUUUGCAUCGAUGAAAGAUUUAGAGAUCAAUGGGCAAUUGUAUUGAUUGCUCAAGUAUUGUAUUGUAUUGGUAUCAUCCCAUUAUCCUACCUUUUCUCUUACAAUUUCAAAACACAUGGAAAAGCAACCGGUGCCAUCUUUGGUCUACUCUACACUAUCGGUAUCGUUUUCUUUAUCACCUCUAUGAAUGUACGAGUACAAGCUGCCUCUCGUCAAUCAACUAAUCUUCAAAACAUUGGAGAUAUAUUAGAUUACAUAUUCUAUGCCAUCUCUCCUCUGUAUUGUCUCGCCAAUACAAUGUUAUUCUUGGCAAAAUUCCCAGGAACUGCAAGAGUCGGACAAUUUGAAGUUGAUGACUUUUGGUCGCUACAUGCUUGUGGACUACCUCUUAUUUACUUGGCUGUUCAUGUUAUUGUUUGGCUUGUUUGGUUGUUUGUAUUGGAUAUGAUGCCAGAGAUCAAAGGUCGUCUUCGUAAUCCUCGUAACGUACGUGCUCCCACUCCAGAACACGAUGAAGAUAGUGAUGUUGCCAAUGAAAGACUACGUAUUCGUUCUUUGGAAAAUGGUGGUGGUGGUGGAUCGGCAGGCCCAGAAGACUUGGUCGUGGUACGUGGUCUACAUAAACUAUUCAAAGCAAGUGGAAAGAACAAAGACAAGAUUGCAGUUCACAACAGUACAUUUGGUAUUCCUCGUGGUCAAACAUUUGGUCUCCUAGGUCUCAAUGGUGCCGGUAAAACGACUACCUUGUCAAUGUUAUCUGGUGAUAUCUAUCCAACCUCUGGCUCUGCAUCCAUUAGUGGUCAUGAUUUGAUCACUGAAAGAUCAGGUGCACUCCAAUCGAUUGGUAGUUGUCCACAAUUUGAUGCACUCAUUCCACUAUUGACAGCAAGGGAGCAACUCACACUCUAUGCUCGUAUCAAGGGUAUACCAGAACACCAAAUACAAGAGACAGUAGAAGCAUUCAUAUCAAUGAUGGAUGUCAGCGGUAUUGCCAACAGUAACGUCGGUGGUUACAGUGGUGGUAACAAGAGAAAGAUUUCACUCUCUAUUGCUAUGCUUGGUAAUCCUUCUGUUGUUUUCCUUGAUGAAGCAAGUACUGGAUGUGAUCCACAAGUAAGACGUUUCAUGUGGAAUGUAAUUACAGAACUUGGCAAGAACAAGGUUAUCAUUAUUACAACACAUUCAAUGGAAGAAUGUGAAGCACUAUGUCAACGUGUUUCAAUCAUGAAGGAUGGUAAACUAACAUGUCUAGGAUCUAUUCAACACAUCAAGAGCAAGUUUGGUUCUGGUUAUUCAAUUGAUAUCAAAUUUAAAAAGGAAUAUGUAGACACUGGUGUUGAUAUUGUACUAAGAUCAUUCCCAGGAUCAUCACUCCUAGAUCGUCACGAUCUCGUUGCCAAUUUUGAACUUCCAAAUCCUCCACAACGUCCAGUUAAAUUAUGUACCAUCUUCCAAAUACUUCAAUCACAACUUCAUUACUUGAUGGAUGAUUAUUCUGUCUCACAAUCUACAUUGGACAGUAUAUUCAUCAAACUCACAGCCUCUACACACGCCGAUAGAUUAGCAACACUAUCUGAACACCAAUACGAAUAUUAUGAUCAAUCAUCAUCUGAUACAGAGAGUGUUUCAAAAAUGAUGUUGAUUGAUAAAUAUAUAAAUAAUAAUAAUAAUCAUACAAUUUUAAAUUAA